AUGGCUUCCUUAAAGGUUGUGAAUGUUUUAUAUGGUUAUUUUAACACUAAAAACAACAAAUUGAAAUGGACCGGAUCAUUAGAAGACUCGAAAGCAUUCGUCCACACUGAAAUCGACGAGGAAACAGCGACAACACUACAUGGCGAUCGCCGGGAG